AUGGAUAGAUUCUGGAUUUGCUAUUGGAAUUCAGAUUUUAGGUUCUUUGAGUUGCCUCAUAUGGAUUUGGUUCCCACAAUUGAAGAAUAUGAGAUAAUACUAAGGUUACCUCUCAAAGAAGAAGUUGAUGUUUAUCUAUAUAAAGGGAACUAUGUAUCAAGAGGGAAAAUUGCUAGUUUAAUUGGCUUGUCAUCACAACAAACAGAAUUGGUGAGCAAAGGCGCGACUCAAGGAUGGAAUAAAGAUCUUCUAGAGGAUCAUAUGAUAUCUCUAGCCGAGAAAGGUGAUUGGGAACAUUUCAACAAGACUCUAGCUCUACUUAUUUAUGGGUUAGUUUUGUUCCCAUUCACAAUGGGCUUAAUCGAUCAAGCAGCUAUGGAUGUGUUCUUCGCUUACGAAACACAAAAAAAGAAUCCUGUUCCAGCCAUUCUUGCCGAUAGUCUCCUCUCUCUGGAAGUAUGCCAUCAAAAGAAAAGAGGAAUGCUACGAUGUUGUAAUCAUUUAUUAUAUGUUUGGAUCAUGACCCAUUUAUAUGCUUCCAAUCAUAUGGGAUAUAUGCCAGAUCCUCUAAGAAGCUUCCAUCGUAUUCCAGUGAAGAAAUUAGAAGCAUCAGAGUGGAAAGGAGAUCUUUUGACAUUAAAAGAAGAGCAUUUUACAUGGGUAUGUCCUUGGUUCCAUCCUAGAAAUACAAUUUUUAGUUGUGGAGAUUUCUUGAAUGUUCCAUUAAUGGGGUCGAGAGGAUGUGUAGCAUACACCCCAACAAUUGCUCUUAGACAACUCAAAUGGACUCAAUUUGUGCCUCAGAGCAAAGAGUUAGGAGGUUUGAGCUUUCAAUAUGCUCCAGAUAAUAUGAGACAACAGGCAGAAGUUAGAGCUGCUUGGGGGAAGAUCAAAAAGAAAGGGGAAGCAGAGCUUGGAAAACCUCGUGUGACAGCCUCUUCAGAAUAUAAAGAAUGGAGGAAGGCCAGAAGAAUUUCCAUCCCGAUUCUCAAAGAAGUCCAACAUAAAGAGAGUCAAUCUCAUGAAACUAACCAAGCAUUGGCUUCUUUAACCUCUCAGUUAGAAGUCAUGAAAGCUCAAAUGAGGUUGAUGGAAGAAAAAGAAGAACGUGCUCAAACUGAAAUAGAGAUUCUUAAGAGGCAAUGUCAGAAGAAGGACAUGGAAAUUGAACACCUAAAAAAUGAAUGUGCUGAUGCUUAUGAAAAUUCAACCCAUGUGAAAAAAGACCAGCUAAAAUCUGAUGUCAAUGGGUUACAUUUAAUUGCAAAACACCAUCGUGAGAAGGUGAAAGAGUGGAUAAAGACGUGUGGAGACAUGACUGAAGCUGUCCAAAAACAAGUAGAAAGCUUGAAGAUUCAUGUGCACGAAGUAAAUGAAGAGAUCAACUCAAGUCCUGGAAUAAAGCUUCCUUGGAAGAUCUUCAAGCUCGUGAAAUUUUGUCAAAAUUUAGCUAGGAGUCUCAUGUAA